UUUCUGGAUUGGACAAGCCUAGGCUAGUUUAUCGUGUGUCAUUCAGUCUAAAAGUGUAAGUCCAGGCUACCAUAACGACUGUGAUUCAGUCUGAUAACUCCAGGUUUACUUAACGUGUGUGAUUCAGUCGGAAUGUGUUCAUGCUUACGUUCAAGUUGAAAUACCUGGCCAUGUCAACAAUAUUAAGAGGAUAAGUUUGAUUGAAUCACGGAGCAACUAAAUGUCUUCAAAACGUUGAUAUUUUCUAUGAAUCUAACUUUUGUGUAAUUUUAUAAUAUUAUAAUAACUCAAUUGUUGCUCCAGGUUUCUGCCAUCUGCGUAAAAUAAAGUGCCCUCACUGUAUAUGUCACUGGUUUGUGUACGUCAUAGGUUAGUUUACGUAAUUGGUUAGAAGGCUUCAUGGGUUAGUUUACGUCACAGGUCAGUUUACGUCAUAGGUUAGUAUACAUCAUAAGUUAGUUUACGUCAUAGGUUAGUUUACGUCAUAGGUUAGUUUACUUCAUAGGUUAGCAUGCUUCAUAGGAAAGCAUGCUUCAUAGGUUAGUAUUCUUACGACAGAAAAAGUUAAUUCAAAAAUAUCUGAACAUGAGUCAAUGUGACUGGAAUAUACGGCUCUAUGAUUAGACCAAAUUUUCAAAUAAAAGUCAGGCACUUGAACUCAAGAAAACUAAAGUAUGUGGUUUGAGUCUAUGUCUGCUCAUCUACAGCUUUGUACAUCUAAAAUGUCAGAGCCAUGCCUUCAGUCAAUGAGUACGUGGUCAAUUUGAUUACAGGUACAUCAAUCUGUGAUAUCCAUGUCGCUUUAUGUAUUUGUGUUGGAAUAUUUUUCUGCUGAUUGUCAUUCCUUUUCCAGUAGCGAUGUCUAUAAGACGUGUUCCGUUGUCAUUACUCUCGUCAUGCAGACUUUACUUUCUGACAGUUGACUGUAAGCAGAGUUCUUUCCCUAAUUUUGCAUUGAAAUCUCCUAGGGCUACUUUGGUAUUAUGGUGUGGUGCCUCAUCUGGGAUGAUUGUCAACCUUAUUUUCCAGUUAAUGCAUAAUGGCUGUGUUGCUUGGGGUUGAAAUGGCUAGAAAGACUUUGUAAUUGUAUGCUAGUAAUUAGUUUUUGUAGUGCUGCGUUUGUUUUAAAUGUGGUAAAUUAUAGAUUUGUAUUUUGUUGACUUUGUACCGCGCUUCGAGCCUUUGGGGAUGAAGCGUGUUUUUUAAAUGAACAUUAUUAUUAUUAUUAUUAUUAUCAAAUACUAUUUCUAGUGUUUCAUAAAAAAGUUUCCUUAGUGCAAUCAUCUGCAUCUAACUUUGGUGCAUGUGCGAAAUUAACUCGAUCUUUGACAUAGUUACUCGUAUCCUUAUGGAGCAAAGUCUUUCACUCAAUGCUUUGAACUCAAUGACUGCAUUCACUGUCUCUCUCUUUGGACUGCAAACCUUGUUCCUGCAUUACUGGUGCAGUUUCCACUGUAGAAUAUUGUAUACUCCUUAUUACUUAGGAUAUUCGAGUCUUUCCAUCUGAGCUACUGCAGCGCCGCAGUACGAUUCUAUAUCUUAGCAAUUCAUCACUGAGGUGGGCAAAUGCUCCCGCUUUGUGUAGACUCAGGUCGCUAGCCGUAUAUUAUAUUUUUGUUCAGGCAUAGGUCGGAAAGCAAAAUUUUCAGUCCGUUUUUCGAAUGAGGUUUAGCUUUCGUAACAUUUGAUUUUUACUUGGCAGAGUCAUCAGUCCUGAACACAACCAACUGGGGGAGGGGGUUGCCCCUUGCAGCUCUCAGGUAGCAGCCUUUGUAUUGGUUCGGGUCCCUAGCCUUUGUGGAUCGCUCCACUUCCUACAAAGCGGUAGUUUCUGAUUAAAUCCGUCCCGGUUAUUUUCGUUUCCCCUUUGCCCUAUGCGCCACCUGGAAAGGCGCUCCAUGGAAGAUCAGUAUCUCUGCACGAGAACAUUUAAACAAUACUUUUUUUUAUUCAAAUAAAACAUUACACAAUUUUCGGAUAUUAUUUAAUUUCUUUUCAUUUAAAAAGCAUGUAUAUUAAUUAAUAUGAAGUCGUUUUAAAUGUGUUUUGUUAUAAUCUUCGGUUUUAUUAAAUUUCAGAGGACACUCUUCCCGUUGACCUCUCGUUGGAACCAUUACUCUCCAAAGUUUAAAAAUAUUCUACUGACAAAAAUUAAAACAUACAGAUAAGAUGGCUGUAGAUAGCGAAUUGGUAGUCAGCAUCGUCAAGAAACUAGGUCAACUGUGGGAGGACGAUGAAUUGAGUGACAUUAAAAUAAUCAUUGAUGACUUCCAAUUUAACUGUCACAGGUUUCAUUUGAGCGCGUGCUCAGAGUUUUUCAGAGUUCUCUUGAAAUCACAAGCAAAGGAAACCUCGAAUGACGUCAUUACAGUCCACAUUACAGGAAUAAUUCCCGAGACUUUCAAUCUCAUUUUGCUUUCUGUGUACAAAGGGGAGCUCACCGUGACCAGUGACAACAUGUUAGAUCUAUGGCACGCCUCACAUCAUCUACAAGUUGACUUUUUGGUCAACAAACUGGAACAUUUUAUCUCUAGAAGCAUCACAGAAGAUAACUUUUUUAUCAUUUAUAAAAUGGCAGUUGAACUAACCUCUGAUAGAAUCAUAAAAUCAGUACAGAGUUAUAUGACUAAAAACUUUGAGAAGAUAAGCAAAACUGAGGAGUUCUUAAAUCUGUCUUAUAAUUGUUUACUGUCAAUUAUAGGGCAUGAUGACCUAGUUCUGAAAUCACGUGACGACUUGGUUAGGUCUGUUCUUUAUUGGAUUGAUUAUAAACCAAAGUCACGUGAUAAAACAUCAAUGAAAAUUGACCGAGACGACAAAGAAGUGCUGGAAGUGAAACAAAAGAUUUCUAAUAUGAAAGGUAAAAAAACAAUGAACGAUGUUGACGUCAUUUUUAAAUCACGCGAUGAGGUAACAUACGAAGUUGAAAGUUCAAGUCAAAGAAAAGACAAACUUGGUGAACUUAUAAAAAUGAUAAACCUGGAUGACGUCAGUCAGGAUUGUCUCCUGACAUUAUUAAACAAUGACGACAUCAUUGAAUGUAGAGAAGCCAGGACAACUGUGAGGCAAGCCUUCGCUGAACGUAAAGACAAGAAACAUUUGGUCAGGAAGAUCCAAGCAAUGAAACGCAGUUCUAGAAUAUUGUUAGAUGGCUCGUUAGAUGACCAACUAGGGGAAGUUGCAGAUGUCGAGGAUACAGUUCCUGUUGUCGUGUAUUUACAAGCAUCUUUUAAAGCAAUUUUGGCCUACGCGUUAGACACGAGAAAGACUUAUUCCCUUCCUCGUAAUGGUCUGCCUAAAGAUGGGUUAAUGAAAAAUGUGUAUUCGUACAAGAAUCAAAUAUACAUUCUGAUUGGUCAGUUCGUUGGUGGGAAAGAUGCACACAGUAUUUAUAAGUUACAGCAACAAGGCAAAUGGGAGUGCGUCGCUGAAGUACCAGACGGAAGCCAUUCCUUCAUGUUUAGCGACAAUUUCAUUUAUUGUGUUGUUCAGUUUCAGAUCUGCAGAUUGAACAUGGAAAUUCAUGACAAUUUGGUGUGGAUCUGUGUCUAUGAUGUACCGAAUACUGCCACUCAUUUCGUCAUGUCUGGUAACAAAAUUGUUAUUUUAAAAAAACUUGUAAUAGAAAUAGACCAGGAUACAUUCUAUUCGAAUCAAAUGAGAUCUAGCUCGAAGGCUGCCAAAGAAGGUUAUAUCUCUACUCAACAAAAAUAUGCACCAAAAUUUCCAAUUAUAGAAAUCUCAACAAAGUUUGCCUACCUUGAUGUUAGCACAUGGGAUUCAAGUGACGUCCAAGGAUGGGAAUGUAAAACCGAAGUUACGCUAGAGGAGGUCCAAACGUUUACGGCCAAGGCAAAUGUCGAAGCAGCCUCCAGUGUGCUGAAAGACGUCACGUUUUUGUUGACAAAAGACGGACUCUUACUGCGUGUGACACAUCCAACUAAUACUUCAAUGAGUGUCAUACAAGAAGAAAACUUGUACGGAUGGCGACCGUGUCAUACCUUCGUCGGGGCUGUUAGACAAGAGAACGUUCUGUAUUUGUUCGUCACCCCAGGAACCGCAGUCGACGGAUCUCUGCUACCAAAACUGACCUCAUUUAAUGAGGUUAAAGUUGUCUCUUUGUUAAAGUCAGAUUCUAAUUUCUUACCAGUAUCCGUGCCCCAGCAAUUGCUGACAGAUGAAAUACACGUUUUGAAAUAACACCUUCAAUUGCCUAUUUUCUCACGUCGCCUAUGUCCCUCCUUGAUUGAUGAUAUGCACGCAUGAGUUCUGUAAAAUUUCCAAACUUACAUAUUGCAAGGCUUCUCUCCCUUUGUUCACUUUCGACGUCAGUCUUUCUGCCUUUGUCUUUACUCAAAUGUAUCCAGUAUCUGUCUUAUCUCCCUUUCAGAGAGAUACUACUUUUCCUGAAAUUCAAUUAAUUAUUACUUUCUUAAUUAACACUUAACUUCUGACAUCUGUUUGUCACCACAUCCCCAUAUGGGGAUGUAUAUAUAUAUAUAUAGGCCUACAGGCCUAUAUAUAUAUAUAUAUAUUUGCUGGGUGGCUGAAGCAAUCCAAAUUUUGUGUUCUGGAGUUUAUUACCAAAUAAUAGCCUAGAAAAACAAAAACAUCACCAGUCCAAGCUACAUCAACCACAUUUCAUAUUCCCUUUGGUUAUCCAGGUGAAGUGAAAGAGGUGAUUUGCUGUCAACGGAAACUUCUUAUCUUCUGAUGAAAAUACCUAGGCCUUGUGAUUUCGUCCAGCGAAAUCUACACCAUCGUUGCAUUUUGAGGGAAGGAUCGCAUAAUUUUUUCAUUUAAUAUAUAUACAGAUGAAUGUGGUUUUGUUUGUUAUAGAUUAAAAAACUACUGGACCUAGAGAGUUGAACAUUCGAAAAGAUUUCUACAUUAUCCUAGAAUCAGAAUAGGCUAAUUCAAUUUUUGUUUCUACCACGACUAAAUCAAAUGAGAGUAAAUACCACUGCUUCAGUCUGAAUAAUUUGUCGUUGAUCUCAUUAAAAAAAAUUCCCUUUGUCCGUAGCUGUAACACCUAUUCAGUUUAUCAUCCCAUAUAUAUACUGCUUCUGGUGCGUCCUGCUCCCCUUAGAAAACUGCCACUCCCUACAUUUUAUUUCAUUUAUAACAAUGAGAGAAAAGGCAGUAAGCAGCUAUCAUAGGCCUAUUGUUUAAAGGCCGGCUGGUAGGGUGUAGGACUGUAUGUAGGCCUAUUGUUUAAAGGCCGGCUGGUAGGGUGUAGGACUGUUUGUAGGCCUAUUGUUUAAAGGCCAGGUGGUAAGUUGUAGGACUGUCUGUAGGCCUAUUGUUUAAAGGCCAGCUGGUAGGGUGUAGGACUGUAUGUAGGCCUAUUUAAAAGCCAGCUAGUAGGGUGUAGGACUGUCUGUAGGCCUAUUGUUUAAAGACCGGCUGGUAGGGUGUAGGACUAUCUGUAGGCCUAUCAUUUAAAGGCCGGCUGGUACGGUGUAGGACUGUCUGUAACCUAUUGUUUAAAGGCCAGCUGGUCCGGUGUAGGACUGUAUGUAGGCCUAUUGUUUAAAGGCUGGCUGGUAUGGUGUAGGACUGUCUGUAGGCCUAUUGUUUAAAGGCUGGCUGGUAGGGUGGAGGACUGUCUGUAGGCCUAUUGUUUAAAGGCUGGCUGGUAUGGUGUAGGACUGUCUGUAGGCCUAUUGUUUAAAGGCUGGCUGGUAGGGUGUAGGACUGUCUGUAGGCCUAUUGUUUAAAGGCUGACUGGUAUGGUGUAGGACUGUCUGUAGGCCUAUUGUUUAAAGGCCGGCUGGUAGGGUGGAGGACUGUCUGUAGGCCUAUUGUUUAAAGGCUGGCUGGUAUGGUGUAGGACUGUCUGUAGGCCUAUUGUUUAAAGGCUGGCUGGUAGGGUGUAGGAUUGUAUUUAAGCCUAUUCUUUAAAGGCCGGCUGGUAGGGUGUAGGACUUUCUGUAGGCCUAUUGUUUAAAGGCCAGCUGGUAGAGUGUAGGACUGUCUGUAUGCCUAUUGUUUAACGGCCGGAUGGUAGAGUGUAGGACUAUCUACAAGCUGAUUAAUAAUGCAUGGACCCGGUGUACAAAAAAACAAUAACUGUACCCAGUUAAGCCCUAGUAUCAAUUAUUAUGUGUGACCUUUCCCGCUGAAAUUUUGACCAGUAGUCGGCAGACAAAGAAAAUGGGUGCUUUACCUGACAUAUUUUUAAAAUCGAAGUCAACUGUUUCAAUUCAUAAUUUUUUGGGGGUAUAAUAUUGCGUUUAUCAUUAGGUCUACGCCACUGAGCUAAAAAUUUCAGGGGUUCUAACAUUUUUGUGACAUGUCAUAGUUAUUUCAAAUUUUAUUAAGCUUAUUAUUGUAUUUUUAAUUAUAUUUUCAAUUCUACUUAACUUUGCGAUUAAAUCUGGAAUGAAAGUGGUGGUUCGGACGCCUGUACCAUGACUGGCUAUGUACGUGUAAUUUGUUCGCACCAUAAGUUGUGUUCAUUAUGCGCGGUGUGUCUUUCAUGUCAUUUUCGCUGCUGAACGUUCUUUACGCCCUGAUGCUGGUGUCGUAUUCUUGGUGUGAUUUAUGUAUAGCGACGUAGUGUUUAGACCUGCUUGGAGUGUGGCUAUUCUUUGAGAUGCUGCCUGAGCUGUGAGUGAAAAGGUUUAAUCUAUUCAUCUAGCGUGCUGCGCUAUAUAUGCAGAAAUGUUUGAAUUAUUGUUGUAAAAUGACGACAAAUAGCUUGAAUUAAAGUUAACUUUGUUCAUAGAAUAGGACUUGUGUUUAGUAAUUAUGGGAUUACGGC